AUGUCUAAGAUAAAAUUAUUGUCCACUUAUAAACAAUUAAUUAAAGCAUUGGUUAAAUCUGAGCGUCGUGGUAGAUUAUCACAAUUAAAGAUUGAAAAUAAACGUCAAAUAUCUUUAGCAAUAUAUGAUAAGAUGCAAAUAACAAGAAAGCAACAAUUAAAAAAUAUUAAAUCAAUUGAUGAAAAAAACCUGUUCUUACAAAUAAAUCAAUUAAAUGAAAAGAUUAAAUCAUUGAAAAAUUUUAAUAUUAAUAAUGAUAAAUCAUUAUUAUAUCUUAAAGAUAGUUCACCAUUUAAACAAUUAUUUCAAACUGAAUUAAUUGAAAUUAAUCGUAAUAAUACUAACACUAAUAAUGAAAUAUUCGAUCGUUUAAUUGAAUCAUGGAAAGACGCAAUUAAUUUUUUAAAUAACCAACGUGAAUAUGAUGAAUUAAUGGAAUUAUAUGAUUUAAGUAAUAAAUAUACACAACAAGAAAAAAUAAAAGCUACAGCUAACAGGGUAGGUUUAGAUGUUCCGUUCUAA